AGAAGUUGUAAUGGUGUAGUUUACCCUAAUAUAAUUGCUCAGAAUUCAUUGAACACGUUGCUGCCGUCGCACUCUGUAAUGAGCUAAAGAGUGCCUCCAUGUUGAACUUAAGAAAAUGCAGCAAGUUUCUUUAAUGGCUAGCAGCUAUACAAGAAUAGCAUCUACAGUUGCAACAUAUUUAGAGAAGAAGAGUACUGUGCCAGCAUGAUCAGUUGCCAAUUCCAGCUGGACUUGGAUUGCCAAUUGCGGAUCCAUCCUUGUUAAAUUUCACAUAACCGAUAGGAGGGUGCAGGGGAAGUAGCUGCUUUGUGGAUGGAAAGGGAGUUGGGGUGAUCUUAUGAAGUAGCAGAUGGCUAACUCAGCUCGAUUUACUCAAACAAUUUUCACCAUUGUCCUAAAGGGUCAUUGGAAUCAUCUUUUGGAACCCAAAAUUUGCAGUCAAAUAACUUCCACCACCAUUAACCAUCUCCUUCUCCACCUCUCUGUUUUCAGUUGCAAUGCUUCUCUUUCGUGGUCUUUCUUUCAAUGGGUAAAAACUUCUAUUGCCACCUAUAACCACUCUCUGCAAUCUACGUGGACAAUGAUUCACAUUCUCACCAAGCACAAACAUUUCAAGACUGCACACCACUUGCUCGACAAAAUUCCUAACAAAGAUUUCUUGUCGUCAAAUUCCGUUUUGAAGGUUUUGGUGAGUACCCAUUCGGACGCUGAAGUUAAUUCUCAUGUUUUAAGUUGGUUGGUGAUAUCAUAUGGGAAAUUGAGAAUGACCCAAGAUGCUUUACAGGUUUUUGAGUCGAUGAGAGUUCAUGGGUUAAAGCCUCAUUUACAUGCUUGUACUGUGCUUUUAAAUUGUUUGGUUAAAGAUAAAUUGAUUGAUAGCGUAUGGAAAAUCUACAAGAAAAUGGUUAAACUUGGGGUGGUUGUGAAUUUACACGUUUAUAAUGUCUUGCUUCAUGCUUGUUGCAUGGCUGGUGAUGUCGAAAAGGCCGAAAUGGUAUUGAGUGAGAUGGAAUUGAAGAACGUUUUUCCAGAUCUUAUUACGUUCAAUACAAUCAUCGUUUUGUAUUCUAAAAAGGGUAUGCAUUAUGAAGCAUUGUGUGUGCAAGAUAGGAUGGAAAGAGCUGGGAUUAGUCCAGACAUUAGAACUUAUAAUUCACUUAUUUAUGGCUUCUGUAGACAAGGUAGAAUGCGAGAAGCUUUAAGACUAUUUAAGGAAAUGAAAGGUGUUAGUGUUAGUCCUAACCAUGUCACUUACACUACUUUAAUUGAUGGUUAUUGUAGAGUGAAUGAGCUAGGAGAAGCAUUAAGAUUGCGAGACAUAAUGGAGGCUAAAGGGAUUUAUCCAGGAGUUGUUACUUAUAACGCAAUCAUUCGUAAGUUGUGCGAAGACGGUAAAAUAAGGGAAGCUAAUUGGAUUUUGAAUGAGAUGAAUGAAAAGAAAGUUGAACCUGAUAAUGUGACUUGUAACACAUUGAUCAAUGCAUAUUGCAAGAUUGGAGAUAUGGGGUCUGCUAUAAAAGUGAAGAACAAGAUGAUGGAAGCCGGAUUGAAGUUAGAUCAAUUUACAUUCAAGGCAUUGAUUCAUGGAUUUUGCAAGGUGAAUGAAAUGGAUAGUGCAAAAGAUUACUUGAUCAACAUGCUUGAUGCAGGGUUUUGUCCUAGUUAUUGCACCUAUUCAUGGCUUGUUGAUGGGUAUUGUAACUUAGGCAAAGAAGAAGAAGUUAUGAAGUUUCCAGAUGAAUUGUUGAAAAGAGGCUUAAUUGUUGAUGUCUCGGUGUACAGGGCACUCGUAAGACGGUUUUGUAAACGAGAAAGGCUCGAUUGCGCCAAAAGAAUAUUCGGCAUUAUGCAAGGAAAAGGUAUAUGUGGAGAUAGUGUAAUAUAUGCUAACCUAGCAUAUGGUUAUUGGAAAAUGGGGAAGGUGAAUGCUGCUUCAAAUCUAUUAAAUGAAAUGUAUGAAAAGAGGUUGAUGAUAACUCUCAAAACCUAUAGAUCUUUCACUGCUUCAUAUGGUGGUGACAAUAAUAAUAGCAUUUUAGGUUUGUUUUGGAAUCAUGUGGUUCAAAGGGGAUUAAUUUCUAAGAGUAUUUUUAAGGAUAUCAAUAAAGGUGAGAUUUGAACCUAA